AAUUCGGAUACAAAUGUCAAUUGGGUAUUCUGGGAAUAUUUUGAAUUGUUAUAUUUCAGUUUUUCAGACCAGAGAGCAAUAUCUAGUAGAUACGCCUGUCCACCGAGGCCGUUCGUUUACUGGCUCAAGGCUUGGCUUCCAAUAGACGUCGGAAUCCUCGGAGCUUUUACGUUGAUAUAUCGAAAAUUUAUAUCCGGAUCUGGCCUUCUUCUUGACAAAAAUGGAUACAAAUUCCUACCAGGCCCCAGAUUUGGCGUCCGUCUUGAGAACGCUUGCUCAAUAUGCGCCGCCUGUACCGAACACUUCUGAGGCCGCAUUGAAUCAUAAUGUAUCCGCGAAUACAGAGGCUACCGGAGACGACGACUACGAGCCUAUUGAGGACCCUGGAUCAUUUUCCGCUCCGCAGGCCUUUUCAGCGAGCCAUUGGACCCCCAGCACGAACUUGAUUACUGCUCCAACCACUACUACUGAUGGUGCUCCUCAGUCAUAUUAUCAAAAUGGCCAUGGAGCUACCGGCAGAACGACAGGCACAAGCACUCCCCAGCAUAGCGCGACACCUAUUCCUGGGCCUACGCCUACUCCUUCGGCAGUCGAUCCGUCGACUAUCACCGACUGGUCUACCGCGCUCAAGUGCGUAAUGAAGACUGUAGCUCGCAGUGAAGCUAUUCAAGUCCGAGUUCGAAAGAUGAUACAAGUUCAACAUGAUCAUGAAAAACAAUGGUUCGAAGGACGAAAAGCUCUCCUAGAGAAGCAGAGUGCACGUGCUGAAGGAAAGAAGAAGUUGGAUGCUGUGCUACUCUCUGUCGGCGGCAUCGUUCCUACAAGCAGUACCGUAUCCACCCCCGAGGACGACGCAGCCGAGAUAAAGCGCUACGACAUCAAAGUCCACCGCGCCGCCACAGAAAUGGUCAAGGCCAUGACCACUGAACUAGAACAUCUCGGGAUCCCAUUUUUUGGAACGAAAUCUCAUUUAAUUGUCGCUCGGUCCUCUGCCGACGGCCACACCCCGACUUCUUCAGGGCCCGGACCGGGGCAGGGACAGGGACAGCUACAGCUACAGCAGGCUCUGACAGCGACAGAACUAAACAAACUACAGCGGCGAAUGCUUGAGCUCUUGGAAGAUAUGUGUAAGGAGUGAGUAAUUUGAGUAUAUGGGGAAAAGGGUAUGCGGGACGAAAGAAAUUCGCGGG